GGGGGCCACCGCCUUGUUCUCAUUGGGUAGCCUUACCUUUUCCCUGCCUCAAUAUUUUUGCUUCCUCAGUGAUUGGACCUGGACAUUGUCCAUUCUAGCUCCCAGGCACCGCCCUCUCUCCACCCACUAGAACUCCACCCGGGUUCUCCUGUAUCCCGGACGCUCCUCACCUAGCCCUGGUCCUGAGGGAAUGGGUGCUCCUAACCCCGGAGCCCGCUUUAAAGGGGCAGGCCCCUCCUCCUGCCCCAGCCCCACCCACCAGGCCUCCCUUCUCCAUCUUCCAGGCCCAGCGCUCCCUCACAGAGCUCCCCCGCACCUUAUCUCGCCAGCUCCGCCCUUCCUUCCCAGUCAACGCUCAGAAGUCCUGGGCGCACAGGCAGAGCCGGCGGCGUGCUGGGGGCAUGCGCUCCGUGAAGGCUCUGCAGAAGGCGCUGAGCCGGGCCGGCAGUCACUGCCGGCGGGGAGACUGGGGUCACCUGAGCCGGAGCCCUCUCCUUGGCGGGGGCGUCUGGCACCACCUCAGUGAGGCCGCGGCGCAGGGCAGAGAGACGCCACACAGCCACCAGCCGCUGCACCGGGAUCAUGAUUCAUCAGAAAGUGGCAUGCUGUCCCGCCUGGGUGAUUUGCUCUUUUACACUAUUGCUGAAGGACAGGAACGAAUCCCUAUCCACAAGUUCACCACUGCACUAAAGGCCACUGGACUGCAGACAUCAGAUCCUCGGCUCCGAGACUGCAUGAAUGAGAUGCACCGUGUGGUCCAAGAGUCCAGUAGUGGUGGCCUCUUGGAUCGAGGUCUCUUCCGAAACCCCCUAAUCCAAUCGUGUCUGGGAUCCAGGUGUGUGAGCAGCAACAUUGUGCUCCUGACCCAGGCAUUCCGAAAGAAGUUUGUGAUUCCUGAUUUUGAGGAGUUCACGGGCCAUGUGGAUCGCAUCUUUGAGGAUGCCAAAGAGCUCACUGGAGGCAAAGUGGCAGCCUACAUCCCUCAACUGGCCAAGUCAAACCCAGACCUGUGGGGUGUCUCCCUGUGCACUGUGGAUGGUCAGCGGCACUCUGUGGGCCACACAAAGAUCCCCUUCUGCCUGCAGUCCUGUGUGAAGCCCCUCACCUAUGCCAUCUCCAUAAGCACCCUAGGCACUGACUACGUGCACAAGUUUGUGGGCAAAGAGCCCAGUGGCCUGCGCUACAACAAGCUCUCCCUCAAUGAGGAUGGAAUUCCCCAUAACCCCAUGGUCAAUGCUGGUGCCAUUGUCGUCAGCUCCCUAAUCAAGAUGGACUGUAACAAAGCAGAGAAGUUUGAUUUUGUGUUGCAGUAUCUCAACAAAAUGGCUGGGAAUGAAUACAUGGGUUUCAGCAAUGCCACUACUAAAUUGGGUGUUUGCUUCAGAUUCCAGUCAGAGAAGGAAACAGGGGAUCGGAAUUAUGCCAUCGGCUAUUAUCUCAAGGAAAAAAAGUGCUUUCCUAAGGGAGUGGACAUGAUGGCUGCCCUUGAUCUCUACUUCCAGCUGUGCUCUGUGGAGGUCACCUGUGAAUCAGGCAGUGUCAUGGCAGCCACCCUCGCCAAUGGCGGGAUCUGCCCCAUCACAGGGGAAAGUGUGCUGAGUGCUGAAGCAGUGCGCAACACCCUCAGCCUCAUGCAUUCCUGCGGCAUGUAUGAUUUCUCUGGCCAGUUUGCCUUCCACGUGGGCCUGCCAGCCAAGUCAGCUGUAUCGGGAGCCAUCCUCCUCGUGGUACCCAAUGUCAUGGGAAUGAUGUGUCUGUCACCCCCAUUGGACAAGCUGGGGAACAGUCAUAGAGGAACUAGCUUCUGUCAGAAGUUGGUGUCUCUCUUCAAUUUCCACAACUAUGACAACCUGAGGCACUGUGCUCGGAAGUUAGACCCACGGCGUGAAGGAGGAGAAGUUCGGAACAAGACUGUGGUCAACCUGUUAUUUGCUGCCUAUAGUGGUGAUGUCUCAGCUCUUCGAAGGUUUGCCUUGUCAGCCAUGGAUAUGGAACAGAAAGACUAUGACUCGCGCACAGCUCUGCAUGUUGCUGCAGCUGAAGGACACAUUGAAGUUGUUAAAUUCCUGAUUGAGGCUUGCAAAGUGAAUCCUUUUGUCAAGGACAGGUGGGGCAACAUUCCCCUGGAUGAUGCUGUACAGUUCAACCAUCUGGAGGUGGUCAAACUGCUUCAAGAUUACCAGGACUCCUACACACCCUCCGAGACUCAGGCUGAGGCAGCAGCUAAAGCCCUGUCCAAAGAGAACUUAGAGAGCAUGGUAUGAGCACAGGUCAUGGAUAGCCCCCGCUCAAGAAAAAGCAUUAGCUGGCCACACAUGUAAUCCAUACCCACCAAAAAUGCUAUGGAGAGCUAUACUGCUUCAGUCGGGACCAAGCAGUCAUUUGGUAACUUGGGGUACCGCUUUCUAUGAGAGUCAAAAUACCCCAUCCCCUCAGCAGACAGAGUACAGAGAAGGGCUAUCUCUGGAUAGCAGUAGAGCUAUCCAGAGAGAGCGGGCUUCAAAGUACAGCCAAAUGGCUUGCCCCACUCAAAACCAUCCCAGGUCUUCAACCAGGUCUCCUCUUCCUCUGCCUGAAGAAACCAUCAUGAGAGAGAGACACUCUGGUGGAGGGACUCUAGCUACCAUGCACAUGUAUAUAUCCACAGAAUAAGGGAAGUGGGAAUGGCUGUAUAUAUGGCUUUAGUAGUCUGGAAAGAUCUACUCCCCUUGGCCAGGAGAUGCUGCUGCUACUGCUAACAGCAAUUUUAUAGACAGAGAAAGUAUUUUAUGUUCAAAUAAACUUUAAUUAUCAAAUCA